GUGGCUGAGAUUGCUCCUGGCGCUUAAACACUUUCGGGGUGAGUGUGCGUGUAGCAAUUUCGGGUUCUGUUUUUGUUUUCGUUUCAGCAAAACCUCUCUUCUUCUUCUUCUUCUUCUGAUUGCUUCCAUCACGCUAUUUUUCAAUUUUCGUUUUUCUCCUUUUCGGUUUCCGAUCUGAACUCUAUUCGAUUCGCCAUUGCCGGAAAAUGAGCCCUCCGACGAGUGUCCGGUGAUGAUCGCUCACGUGAGAGGUUCUUGUUCUUCUUCUUGUUCUUCUUCAAUGUCAUGGUUUCGUUCCGAGGUGCUGUCAGUACUCUCAGCGCGACGCUGUUGAGUUGAAUUUCGAUGGUUUUGAGUUGCUUUGUGAAUAUAUUUUCUCGGCAACCAAACAGGAGGAAUCGAAAUUUGCAGUGAUUAGUAAAGUAUCUGUGAAAGUGAAGAUAGAAAUAGUUGUUAUUGAUGAUGUUGUGAUUUUCUUUUUGUUUCUAUACUAAUUGUAGUUUCCCUCUCUUUUCCGCGUUUGAAAGGUUUUGGCGCUGUCGAGUUCGUUUUGGUGAGGAUUCUGAUUAAUAACAUCACCACAAUACCUUCUUCAGAGUCUGCUCACUUUCACCACAACGGCUUUACUCUUUACUGUUUUUCGUGUCACAAAAAAUGAAAGGCGCUAUUCCCUGUAUCCACUCCUUGUCAGGGAAGAUCUGAAGCAGCGGUAGCUGCUCACGUCCUGUAAUGGACGCGUACUCCUCUGGAGAAGAGGUAGUUGUAAAGACGAGAAAACCAUAUACAAUCACAAAGCAAAGGGAACGAUGGACAGAGGAGGAGCAUAAUAGGUUUCUAGAAGCUUUGAAGCUGCACGGACGAGCAUGGCAGCGCAUAGAAGAGCAUAUAGGAACAAAGACUGCCGUGCAAAUCAGGAGCCACGCACAGAAGUUUUUCACAAAGUUGGAGAAAGAAGCCCUUGUAAAGGGUGUUCCAAUUGGACAAGCUCUUGAUAUAGAUAUUCCCCCUCCACGGCCCAAAAGAAAACCAAGCAAUCCCUAUCCUCGGAAGACCAGAAUUGGUACUGCAACAUUACAUAGUGGAGCAAAGGAUGGAAAGCUCAAUUUAGUCGAAUCUUCACAUGACAACCAAGCACUGGACUUGGAAAAAGAACCACUUCCGGAGAUUUAUGAUUUAGACGAGGGGCCAACAACAGUAAAGGAAAAUAAGGAUGAGAACUGCUCAAAAGUAUUUACAGUUAUCCAGGAGGUACCAUGUUCCUCUCUAUCUUCAGCAAACAGGAGUUCAAUAUCUAUGUCAGUGCCGCUGGGAAAUUCAUGCGUAUUCAAGGAGAUUACAACUUCAGCGAAAGAGGUGAUAACUCGAGAUGAAAAAACUGAAUCAUUUCUGACUGUUGAACUUGAAAAUGGGAAUUUGGAGAUCAAUGAUGGAAAACAGGCAAAUGGAACUAGUAAAAACUCCACGUUAGAGAAUUCUGAUGCUUUACAAAUGAAAUUGGUUCAAAAUGAGAAAACAGAUGGUCUCGAUAGUGCAUUAACAAUAGAAGGAAUGCAAGGCAAUAAUCAGAAUUACCCUAGACAUGUAACUGUGCACGUUGUUGACGGGAACCUUGGAACAUGUACUCAAAAUCCAUCACAAGAUAUGCUGUUUCGAGACUGCAUGUUUCAGCCAAUAGGAGGGGCUAAUGGGCAACCACAUCUUUUCACCAAUUCAGCACCAUCGAACACAAGAGAAAGUCAAAAUAACACAGCACGAUCUUCUGCUCAUCAAUCAUUUCUUCCGUAUCCUCCCUUCACCCAACACAACCAGGACGAUUACCAAUCAUUUCUUCACAUGUCUUCCACAUUUUCUAAUCUUAUUGUCUCUACCUUGCUGCAAAACCCAGCAGCCCAUGCUGCAGCAAGUUUCGCUGCUACAUUUUGGCCCUAUGCAAAUCCAGAGACUUCAGCAGAUUCUCCUAGGUGCUCUCAAGGAGGUUUCACAUCUAGACAAAUUGGUUCCCCUCCAAGCGUUGCAGCUAUUGCAGCUGCUACUGUGGCUGCUGCAACUGCGUGGUGGGCAGCUCAUGGACUGCUUCCUUUGUGUGCUCCUCUUCAUACUGCUUUUGCUUGUCCUCCUGCAUCUGUGACUCCAGUCGCAUCAAUGAAUACUGCUGAAACACCAUCUCUAAAGGCAGACCAAGAAAAGAGUACUCUACAAAAUCCUCCUCUGCAUGAUCAGAUGAUGCAUCCAGAAUACUCGGAAGCUCCUCAAGCUCAACAUUCAGCUUCAAAAUCACUAGCUGUCAUUUCAUCAGAUUCUGAGAGUGGAGAUGCCAAGUUAAAUACUUCACCAAAGGCUACCGAUCAUGAGACGAACGAAAUAAUUUCUGAGCACCUUGAUUCCAACAAAACGAAAGGCAGAAAACAGGUUGACCGUUCCUCGUGUGGUUCCAACACAGCCUCAAGCAGCGAUGUGGAAACUGAUGCACUAGGGAAGGAUGAGAAAGGGAAGGAAGAGCCUGAAACACCCGAUGCUAACCAUUUAGCCCUUGAGUUUAGUAAUCGUCGUAGAAGCAUUUGCAACCUUACUGAUUCUUGGAAAGAGGUCUCUGAAGAGGGGAAACUAGCCUUUCAGGCUUUGUUCUCCAGAGAGGUGUUGCCUCAAAGCUUUUCACCUCCUCAUGCUUUAAAGAAUAAGGACCAAAUGGGCAUCAUCACCAAUGAUAACCAGCAAACCAUAGAUGACAGAAAUGAAGACCUUGACAGCAAGAAAUGCAGUUCUAACUAUAAACCAAUGCAGAAAAAUCCGCCAUUUGUAGAAAAUAACGUGGGACUGUUAACCUUAGGGCUUGGACAAGGAAAGCUUAAGACUCGUCGAACAGGCUUUAAACCCUACAAAAGAUGUUCCAUGGAGGCCAAGGAAAAUAGGAUUGGAGCGAGCAAUCAAGGUGAAGAGAAAGGUUGUAAAAGAAUACGUUUGGAAGGGGAUACUUCGACUUGAGGUUUGGUACAUGCAUGCAUGCAAUAACAUAAAGGCAACCUUUGGUUUUUGCAUAUCAUUUCUUAAUCCCCCUCAACGGUGUACCUAUAUUGUUUAUUUCUAAUUCUGCAGCUCACGAAACUUGUCGUGUAGAUGUGUGUACCAUAUUAAAUUACUGUGUACGCUCUUUUACUAUCUUGGAUUGGUGUUAAUGCUGUUAAACUCUGCUAAAUAGACUUUAGAUAAGAAACAUUAAGUAUUGUUUGAGCCUGAACAUUAAGUAA